AUGACAUUGAAAGCUGCAGCUUUCCUCGCCUUGUUGUCCUUCAGCACGCUGGAUCUAUCGACCGCGCGUCGUACCUUCCAUGAAGUUGCGGGAUGCUACCCAGACUUACUUGAAGUUGGGGCGGAGGAACUGGUUGCUGGCCUCGAAAGUGGGGCGUGGACGAGCGUGGAAUUGACAAAGGCAUACAUUCUGCGCAUUGUCGAGACGAACUCUGUUCUCCGCGCAGUCACUGAGAUCAACCCGGAUGCACUAUCCAUUGCUGCAGCUCUUGACGCCGAGAGAGCUAAUGGCACAAUCCGCAGCGCGCUACAUGGGAUCCCUAUGCUUAUCAAGAACAACAUCGCCACCAACGAUCAAAUGAACAACACUGCUGGUUCAUACUCCCUCCUCGGGGCAAAGGUUCCACGUGACGCCACAGUGGCUUCCAAGCUGCGGAGGGCCGGUGUGGUUCUUCUUGGAAAGUCUAAUCUCUCACAGUGGGCUAAUUUUAGGUCAUCCAAUAGCUCAAAUGGGUGGUCGGCUCACGGGGGUCAAGUGACUGGCGCCUACUACCCAAACAUGGACCCAAGCGGAAGCUCCUCAGGCAGUGGGGUUGGCAGUUCCAUAGGUCUAGCAUUUGCAGCACUCGGAACAGAGACAGAUGGUAGUAUAGUGAGCCCAUCGAGUGCUAACAACCUCGUUGGUAUCAAGCCAACCGUUGGGUUGACUUCACGUUCUUUGGUGAUACCAAUCUCAGAACAUCAAGAUACUGUUGGCCCCAUGGCUCGUAGUGUCUCCGAUGCGGCCUACGUACUUUCAAUAAUUGCGGGCAAAGAUGAAAAUGACAACUAUACUCGCGCACAGCCUUGGGAUGCUCCACCGGAUUACACUCAGGCCCUGAACUUCUCGAGUCUCCGAGGAGCGAGAAUUGGUAUCCCUAGAAAUGGCUUCACGCAAGGUCCCACCGAUCAACCUAUUUUUGACGCUUUCGACGCAGCAAUUCAAAUCUUGAAAAAUGCAGGAGCAACUAUUGUUGACAAUGCCAAUUUUUCCGCGUGGGAUGAGGUCGUAACAGAUGACGAUGCGAUAAGAGGAAAUGGUACAACUGUGCUUGAGGCCGACUUUAUAUCCAAUCUUGCUAGUUAUCUUUCGCAGCUGACAUCCAAUCCAAACAACAUCAGAUCCCUCUCGGACAAGUCCAAUUUCACCCAUCACACUGCUCCCGAGGAGUAUCCAAACCGCAAUACAGCCGUAUGGGACCAGUCUUUAUCUCUGGGAUACAACAACUCGGAUUCAAGGUUCUGGGAAGCUUACCAAUACUCCUUUUCCUUUGGUGGAGAAGGCGGGGUCUUAGGAGCUUUAAAAGCGCACAAUCUUGAUGCCUUGGUACUUCCUACUGAUUACUCUCCCGGAGUACCAGCGAGAGCAGGACUCCCGAUUAUUACAGUUCCGAUGGGAUUUUAUCCAAGUAAUACUACAGUUAUGGAGUCACGAAGGGGACUUGUUACUGUUGGACCAAACAUCCCAUUUGGCCUUUCCUUCUUGGGCGCUCAGUGGCCUGAAGAAACUCUUAUUGGCUUUGCCUAUGCAUUCGAGCAGCGUACCCACUCAAGGAGGAAAGUGAAGCCUUUCCUGAAGCCGAGCACUCAGCUUGCAGAUGUCAUCAGCACUUGA